AUGUCGACAUCCACAGCUCUACGGCCGGUAGCCAGACAGCUCUUGAGAGCCAGCCGGACACGAAACAUACCCCCUACGUUCCUCCUCCCAUCGCUGCUCUCCGGUGCGCAGCAAACCUCCCCCUUCUCCAGCACUUCGAGCACCUACUAUCCACGAGACAACAACCGCGAGCGAGGCGUAUCAACACAGCGACGCACCGGUCUGCGCCAGCCCGUUUCAGUCUCGAAGACUCCCCUCCCGAAGCCGGUUCUCAAUCCGGAGAAGCGCUCCAAGGUAGAGGUCGAUCCUGAUCACGGACUAUGGCAAUUCUUCCACAGCAAGGACAAGCCGAUGAAUACCCCUGAGGAGGACCACGCGCAUGGUAGGCCGUGGAGUGUAGAGGAGCUGAGACAGAAGAGCUGGGAGGAUUUACAUUCCCUGUGGUGGGUUUGUUGCAAGGAGCGGAAUCGCAUUGUUACGGAGGCGUAUGAGAGGAAGAGGUUGAAUGCAGGGUAUGGAGAUGCGGAGAGCAAGGAGAGGGAGGCUAUGGUCAAAAUUACUAUGAGAGCUAUCAAGCAGGCUUUGACGGAGAGAUAUUAUUCUUGGAGCGAUGCGGAGGAGCUGGCGAAGACUGAUCCAGAGAUUAAUCUUUCUGGGGAGGGUUCAGUUUAUACCCCGAAGGAAUAUGCGGAGGAGGAUCUGCUAGAGGAGGAGGAGGUGUUGGGGGAACAGGAAGAGACAUCGCCUGAGAAGAAUGUUCUUCUGGAGCCUGAAGUGAAAUCGGCGGAGAAGCCUGUAGUGAGCGCAUAA